UUAUAUAGACAUUUAAAAGCCCUGAAACUGCUACUGGGUGAUGCCAUCUUGGAUGGUAGCGACCAGGGGCGGACAGACAACUCAUGGGCCCCCAGGCAAUAGGGGAACAUGGGGCCCCUGUGUCCUUGCCCAAACUCAAAAAAGCCUAUGAAAAAGGUACCAGGGGCAUCUCAUGACGCCAGGCCCUCGGGCAGUGCCCGAGUCUCCAAAUGGUCAGUCCGCCCCUGGGUGUAUCUGCUGCGAGGCAAACAAGGCGUUUGCCUA